AUUGAUAAAGUAUAUACAAUAAAUUCUACCCGGUUUUGUCCGAAGCCCAUGACGCUUCAUUCCGAUUCCCUAGGUUGAUCGAAGAUCAAAUUGAAAUCGGCCGGUAUGCCAAAGCGGGAGUAAUAAUACACGCCUUGAACGGAGACUAUUAAUGAGCAUCACGCCUGUGAGGGAGAGAGAACACACAUAGCUUCGGAUGAGUGCUCUGGGUGACAAACUGCACAUCGCUGAUGUAGACUGCUCAUUCGCUGAUGAAGUGUCAGCAUGUGAACCAUGCAUUAACUCCACUGUAGAACAACGGCGCACUAUAAUGCCACAGCUCAACACGUUUUUGGGUAGGCACUGACUGCCAUCCUACCAGCACAUCUGACUAGACCUAAAUACUCCACAAUUUUACCAUAUGUUGAAUCUGCGAUACCAGAAAUAGCAUAUAUCGCUGCCGGUAUGGUGGAAGUUUCUCUGGGUACUGUAUCAUCGUACCGACACGGUGACGCUUCCCUCUACCGUUGAAAUCGCCGUCUGGCCCGGGGCGAGACGCGCGUGUGGCUGAUAUCACCAAACACUCCCAGGACCUUGGAGCCGUUGUUUUAGGCAAUCAAGUCGGAAUAUUUCAGGUAAUCAGAUAAACCGGGAGCUGCAACAAUCAUCAUUUCUGUUUGGAUUUCAUAAAGUCUCCAGCGCGGACCAAUAAACUGAACCUCAAAGCGAGAAGUUCUCACGUUGCAGCGAGUCAGCGAAGCUUAGCAACUCCGCCUAUCGGACGGGAAUGUAUUCGUUUAUGUUACGCUCCACGCUCGCUGACUAAGAUAACACGAUACGACAAUCCGAAACGGCUCCGUUCUGUCAGACAAAUUUCGCUUGGGAUGUGUCUGACAUUUCAAAAUUACUUAACUUAGACAUUUCACGGUGCCAUCUCUAAUGCUUAGCAACUUGUUUUCCGGAAGAUAAACUCAAGUUGAAGUUGAACAUUUUAACCCUUCGCUUCUUCCCCCUUCGGGUAUGUGAUGGAAGUUCUCUUUAUAGAACUGCACUGACGUACGAAGUGCGAGUUCCUCAACUAUACCUGCAUGUGGCACUUGCGUCUACAGAGCGUUACGUGCACAGAGAGCCGACGAACUUCGGACAAAAAUGUCUUAACUUGAGAACUUUUCUUCAUACCUUCAUUGUCAUAGUUUACGCCGACCAUGCACGACCCAGAUUAAUUGUUUUACAUUCGGUUAUUUCAUCGAUGAACUUUAUUGCGGGAGAUCAGUGGUGUAUUGACGUAAUAUUUUUAUCAAAUGAUUUCUGAAUGUCUGCUGAAGUGCUGAUAAGAAUUGAGAGGCAGCAGAACUAAUCUCUUAACUUGAGAGAAAUCUCGCGAGAGAACGGACUCAACUUUGAUUCAUUUGCCGAGAUGGAGAGAGGCUUUAUUGUGAUCUUUAUUUUGUCUCUCAGCGCGACCCACGGGGCGAUUGAGACUGAUGCCACACCAAUACAGAUAUCCAGUCUUUGGGAUGUCUCUCGCGCCCUCUGGCACAACGAGACCUGUGACGACCUCUGCGCAUGCUUGAUGGGCAUCAUGGAGGGCAUGCGCACUGCCCAGAUCUGCCUGGAGGUCAGCGGAUACCCGUGUCACCUGGUCAAGCAGCUGACCCGAGCAGCCACGACCAGGAACUGCAGCGUGACGGUGGGCUCGAGCUGGUUCGAGUGUGACAAGGGCGUGACGGACUGUGUCGGAGGAGAGAUGUUCGUGGAUAAUGAGGCGAACUGCACCGGGUCUGACGACGGAGCGGCUGGUAACAUCGCCUACCUGGGCUGCGAAACGACGCCGGGUGGAAACACCUCCGUCACGUGUAUGCUGUCACGUGACAGCCAAUCUGUGGGGCAAUGUGUGAACAACGCCGAGUGUGUGUACAAGAAAGUUACUAAGACCGACCCUGUCAGUGAGCGGGUAUCAUGCCCGACAAACUGGAUUCCAUACAAGAAGCACUGCCUCAGUCCAAUCAACGGCAUUCUAGAGCCGAACAUUUUGGAUCAAAAGACGUGGAGCGGCGCCCAAAAUUACUGCCAGCGACGAUGGGACGCCUCGCUGCUCAGUCUGGAAUCAUUCGGAGAGAGCGCCCUCAAGGGGCUGGAAGACAGACGUAUCUUUGUGACGGACCAGGAAGUGUGGCUUGGUCUCUUCAGGGACACCUCUAACUCCACAUUCCGCUGGCUAGACGGCACGGAGACCCUUCAGCCUCAAGACAGCUGGCCGUGGGCAGACGGUCACCCAGUGCCCGAUCUCAACUUCGUCUACAUCCUCAACAAGACACUGUACUCCUCGGAGUCAUCACGGGUCAACCGCUACUCCUGUAAAUUCAAAGUGUCGAAAAGCUUGAAAUGUCGCCAGCCCAUGCCCACCAAAAUGCCUCUUACGACGGUAAUGGAUGCAGUCGGUCCGGGAUCCACCCAUCCACCUACGUCACCCAGAACGAAAGAGGAAGAAACACUGGAGGCGUUCCGUGAGGAACUCACCCAAGUCCGAGACGAUGUCUCCAACUAUCUCAAGACGUUUACGAACGACACCGGUGUCUUGGAAGAAAUCGACAGCCUCAUUUCUUUCUCGCAGUAUUCGUCGCUGAAUGCAUCAUCAAAUACGAAGGCACAGGACCAAUCUACUACCAUCAUAAAGUCCCUCGAUUCCGUGGUAGACGGUUUGGCGGAAUCGAUUAAUGGGCCCGCCAAAGCCCUCGUGGUAUCGACUCCAGAUAUAGUCCUGAAGGUGUUGACGCUGUGUUUGGACUGUGAGGGCGGAGAAACUCUCGGAGGACAGCUGGGGAACCAGAGCUUCUCCUUAUCUCUGCCGGAUUCCGUCAAAGCGGCUGGAGCUACGCUAGCUCUGUCCACUGCUAGUCUCCUUCACGAGCAGCUACCUUCCACAAUCGACGAUGGAGGGGAAGGAGGAAGGACCGAGAUCGGUAGCCUUGUCAGUACCAUCUCCCUCCGGCGAUGGGACAGGGAAAGUAUUGAGCUAACCAAAGACGAACCGCUGAAACUCACCUUCUCCAGUUUGGAGAAAUUUCCUGACUCAACGCCGACCUGUCGGUACUGGAAAGCGGAUGAAGGGAAUGAAGGGGUGUGGUCAUCCGAGGGGUGUUUUGUUGCCAAGGCCAAUGACACACAUACGACAUGUGACAUCACACAUCUGACCAGCUUCGCUGUCAUCAUGCAAAUAUCACACAGUGAGGAUCCUCUACCUGUAGCACUGGACUACCUGACCUGGGCCGGCUGUGCAUUGUCGAUGACGUGCCUCACAAUCAUGCUUAUUAUCUUCCUCAGUCAAAGGAUGUACCGAGCAGACAGGAACAUCAUCCACAUGAACCUAGCUGCAUCUCUCCUAUUGGCACAGCUCAUCUUUGUCUUCGGAAUAGACAGGACAGAAAAUGAGGGCGCCUGCAAGGCCGUGGGUAUCUGUGUGCAUUUCUUUCUCCUCGCUACUUUCUUCUGGAUGCUGAAUGAGGGCAUCUUUCUUCUCUCCAAGACGACAUCAGCCAAGACGAGAUGGUUGAGACUUCCCACUUACUUCACCCUUGGCUGGGUGUUUCCUCUCGUUAUCGUCGGUGUCACCAUGGCGGCUUCAUUUGAUUCCUACGAUACUACGGACAGAUGCUGGCUGACCGUCCGAGACGGAGGGAUUUGGGCAUUUGUCGGUCCGGCCGCAGCAGUCGUCUUGAUCAACAUCUGCGUUUUGGUGCAAGUCAUCCGCGUGUUUCUCAGUCUGAGGGCCAACAUGAACAAGAAAAAGGUCGAAAGAAUCAGAAUAGCAUUGCGGGCAAUCCUCCUGACCUUACCGCUACUGGGCUGUACUUGGCUGAUAGGCAUGCUGUCUUUCAACUCAUCCACAAUCGUCUUCGCCUACAUCUUCGUCAUUCUCAACUCUCUGCAAGGCGUCUUCAUAUUCAUCCUAUACUGCCUACUGAAUGACGAGAUAAAGAAAGGUUUGAGGAAGCGUCUUGCCCUGCUGCAGAGUCUGUCCGGUCGGACCACCCACACACGCGCAAGCCGGACAGCCACGAGUGGGAGCAAUAAUCUCAAGACCAACCGACUUAGCAAGACCAUGCCACCUGAGCAGGAAGGAACUAAACUGUAGAGCAAGACUCGUGAGUGCCCUUCCCAUAUGGGUGCAACCAAGUAAAUCGGCCAAAAAUUCGUCCGCCGAGCUCAUGAAUAAUUAUUGUUAUACAUGUGCAUUCAAAUUAUUCCAUAUUAGAGAGUUCCAAGAGCCAUGGCAUUGGGGAUUAUUGCACUGUACCUCUGGCCUGGAUUUGGGCUUCCAAUUCUGAGCAUUUUGGAUGCAAGUGGGUCCGAAAGUGGCGCUAUUUAGCUAUAUUGU